CCUUCUUAUGCGGUCUUUUCGACGUACAACGUGCUAAAGAUCGGAGAGAUGGCCGAUAAGGCAAAGACUGUACCCAAGCCGAAGGAUGUCGCGAAAACGCCGGCCGAAGGCAAGAAGCCGGUGAAAGCGAAGAAGGUCAAAGGCGAGAAGAAGUUGCCAGCUGUACCGGAGUCGAAGCUGAAGCACGCCAAGAGCCGCGCGCUGAAGCGCCCGAAUGUGCUGCGGGCCCGCCGCAAGCUGCGUGCCGUGCGUUUGCUACGCCGCAAGCAGAACCUGCUCCGUGCCGCUAGCUACACGAAGAAGUAUCUGCGUGUUGAGCGUGCUGCGACCGAGCAGGCACGCAUUGCCAAGAAGGCCGGUAACAUCUACAUUCCGGCCGAACCGAAGGUGGCAUUCGUCAUGCGUAUUCGUGGUAUCAACAAGGUUGCGCCGAAAGUCCGCAAGGUGCUGCAGUUGUUCCGUCUGCGCCAGAUCAACAACGGUACCUUCGUCAAGCUUAACAAGGCCACGAAAAACAUGCUGCGUAUUGCGGAGCCCUACAUUACCUACGGCUACCCGACGCUCAAGUCCGUGCGUCAUCUUAUCUACAAGCGUGGAUUCGUGAAGCACCGACACAGCCGUAUCCCGAUCACCGAUAACUUCGUGAUUGAGCGUAAGUUGCGUGCCGGCCACCGACUGCAGUGCGUGGAGGAUCUGGUGUACCAUAUCUACACCGGCGGUGCCUCGUUCAAGAAGGUCAACAACUUCCUGUGGCCGUUCAAGCUGAAUACGCCCACCGGCGGCUGGCGUAAGAAGAACAACCACUACGUCGAGGGCGGCGAUUUUGGCAACCGUGAGGACAAAAUCAACGAACUGAUCCAGCGGAUGGUUUAGAACGGAGAAAGGAGUCGUGUUUGUGGUGAACGACGAGAGAAGAAAAAUUGGCGAAUGUUUUUUUUUCGGUGUGUCGUCGAUUUAAGUGAAUAAAUGUGCAGAAAAGCGGGAGCCAAGAGGUCAAAAUCUA